CUGGAAUAAUGAUCAAUAGAUACCUACAUAAUCAAUCAAUCAAUCAUUCAUUCAUUCAUUAUUACCUAUUUAUCAAAAACCCCACCUAGCUGCCACCUGGGCAAGUUGCCACCUCCUCCCCCGGGAGUGCUCCCGGAGGAUCACCUAUCUGUGCUAUCAUCCCCCAUGAAAUCGUUGGGCCCCUCUCGGCUGGCCCUCCCGUUCUCGGGCCACUUUGAAUCGCCGUUGGAGGAGAGGCGUUGGCGGACUGGACUGGACUGGUGUGCACCUGGAACGGCGAAAGAGCAUGACUUCAACCACUUGAUGUCUUGACUGCCACUACAUGUUCGUCUCUUGACGACCCCGAACUUCCAGCGCCAACGACGUCGAGAGGAAAUGAGAGAGGACCCUUGGACACCGAGUCUCAUCAUUCUGAAUGCCUUCUGACUUUGCCGAACCCGUCGCGUGUCAUCUCCAUGCCUGGAACAGGCGUCGCACAAAUAAGCCAACAUCAGUCAUGCCAGUCUGCAACUAUCAACGGCGAGCAGCGACAGGAUGGCUCUCAAUCCAGGCGCCGUCAGCCUAAAAGUCGUGCUGGUUGCAACACCUGCAAGGCCAAGCGUAUGAAAUGUGAUGAAGCCAGACCAUCUUGUUCGAAAUGCAUAGAACGGGGAGUCGAAUGCGGAGGUUAUGACAGGAAUCUAAAGUGGAAGCUGGUGGGAGGACAGCCCAAGCAGCGGAAACGACCUGCAAGAGGACAAUCUCAAGGUUCGGAAACGAUGUCCGUCGAAGGGACAUCUCAUCCCUUCAACGAGAAUGCUAUACCGGACGGCCAAAAUACAAUAUCGCCUCGGCAACCGGACGCGAGCUUGACCCGGCGAAUCGAUACAGCUAAUAAUGUACCAUUACCAAGAGUGCAGUCAGAGCAUGAUUGGUCUUUGUUGCUGCAAGACCAAUUAUGCGACUUUACGGACGGUGAGCUCAGUGCCGAUUUCUUCGUUGGUGACGAGAACGUGCAGUUUGAUAUGCAGAUCAACUUGGGUUCCCAUGGCAGAAAUGCAUUAGGCCAAGUGGCGGAGGAUAGUAGCAACCAUGGAUUUUCCUUGAUGAAUCCGGUACAAUUCGAUUCACAGAAGCAGAAGUCGCCCGACCUCUCUGACUUGACGUUUUCGCCAAUCAGCACACUGCAGGGCUUCGAGGGGCUUGUGAAUGCAGGAAAUAACCGGCCUCAGACACCUGAACGGGCUCAAGGCGCAAAUGCUUCUGCUCGUGGUCAAUCGAGUCGGCGAGCUAAUCAGCCCGGAAACCACAAUGUCGCUUACCAGCAGCCAUAUUCGUUCAUCGACAGCCCGGAGACGGUCAAGCAGCUUUUCGACGAGCACCUUUCUGAUGUCAUUUCCAUCAAGGACGACCAACCCAAAGACCCAUGGCGAGUGUAUGUUUGGCCCAUGGCUGACAGCUGUCCAGCACUUUACCAUGCCCUUGCAGCUAUGACCUAUCUAUACGCGAGCAACUCACGACCGCAACUCCGUGCAGCAGGUCUUGAGCACUUACGCGCCAGCCGGCAGGCUUUCACGCCGGGCGAAAACACGACCAGCAUGUCCCUGCACGCCUCUCUGGCUGCUAGAUUGGUUCUUAGCUUUGCGGAAUCUUGGGGCGGCCAACCAGCUUCCUGUGCCACUGAGCAUAUCAGGAUUGCCUCGGGCCUGCUUCGAGACGCGUUCGAAAAACAUCAGAAUACGCGGCUCCAAGGCGAGGAGCUGGGAUGUCUGAGCUUCCUAGCACGUAUUUGGAUCUACAAGGAUGUUAUCAAUCGUUUGACAACCUCAUAUAGAGACGAGCCGGUCGAUGUGGAUUCUAUCACCGCCUAUGUUCUGCUUGACCCUGUACCAGUGGAACAGCAGCUCCAUCCACUUCUGGGUUGCGCAAUCAAGCUAUUCCCAUUGCUCGGGCGCCUAACCGACGUGAUCAAAUCCGUUCAGAGGAGAAGUGAAAAGCAUAAUUCCCCAUCGAUGAUUUCCAAAGCCGCAUCAUUGCGGCUGGCAAUCGAAAGUUGGAGUCCAUCCAUUGAUCCCGAUCAGUCAGGAGGGUUGACAUCCUACAUUUCCGACUUCAUCCAGACUGCAGAGGCGUAUCGCUGGGCGGCGCUGCUGCUUCUUCGGCAAGCCGUUCCGGAACUGCCAUGGAUCCAUUCAUUUUGGGAAUUGGCGGAAAAAGUUUCAAUCUAUCUCGCAACCACCCCUGUUACGUCUCAAACGACAAUCAUCCAGACAUUCCCUCUCAUGGUCAUAGGCGGUGAAGCUUUUGACCAAGAAGAUCGAAAAUGGGUCUGUGAAAGAUGGGAUGCCAUGUCCACGCAGGACCCGUACGAGGCUCCCAAAUGCAAGCGAGUCACUCAGGAGGUGUGGAGGAGAAGGGACGAGUUCGAGGCAAAAUGCGGAGUCUGCCCUUCCUGUGGCGCGUACCGUGUCAGCUUAUUGGGAUUCAGUCCCAGCGUGGACAAUCCCACAACCACCGAUGGACCAUCUGUUACACCUGCGAACUCGUCCGACCAAGGAAGUCGCCGCUGUCGAUGUAGUGCAGCCACGAGGAUCACCGCGCAGGCGUCUAGAUUUCCCGAUUCCCUCGCUUUCAAAAAAGGAAUCGACAACUUUACAAGGGCAGGCAACCUGCAUUAUACGGUCAGGGGGGAUUUGCAUUGGCUAGGAGUCCUGAAAGAUUGGGACUGGGAAGUGCUGCUUGGAUGAAGGAAACAUCCCCACGCUCCGGCAUCGAGCACUGAGCAGUGAACCCCCUGGCGUCGUUGGCCUCUUUCAGCGUAUACCCAGGCAGAGAAAUUGGCCAUUCGCUGCAGUGCAGAAUAUGAGAACUUCUUAGUCUCCGACAUUGCAACCGGAUCGCCUCUGUCCACAGAUGGGACACGAAUUGGACAUGAGCAGCUCUCUCGAUAAACAGUGUGGAAAGUAUCGGACUGAAUAAUAAUAUCUCGAGGCGCUGAGGCUCGACUGAGGUCCGGGUUUUUCACCAGGAUGUCGAUACAUAUCUAACGAGGUAGACACAGAUCCCAAAAAAAAUCUUGAUCAUUGGUACAUGUUUAUUGCAGGUGAGCUUUAUGGUUGGCACAGGUUUCCUGUUUGAAGAGAUUGAUGUAAGAAUACAUGAGCGAACCCCUGGAAAUAAUGGAGUUAUAAGUAAUCAAAGCUUCGAAAUGUCAAAUCAGUUCAAUUGUGCUGGCUAAAGACAUCGAGUCAUCACAAAAGUGUUUUCCAAAAUGUCAGUCAGCUUGAAAAAGGAAUCAUCUCCUCAAUGGCUUUGCUGGAAUCUUUGGGCGACCGACAGACUUGGCCACGAAGAAGAUAAGUAUUUGUCAAAAGGGUAUGAGAAAAGAGCACCCGACCAAAGUGGUCGUCCUCGGGCGUUUCCUGUCCAUAUUAUGAUGGUGAUAGUCUGGACUCGGAGUGUCCAGCAACGUGGUGUGGUGACUACUGUUGAGCCAAAGACGCUGAAGACUGAAGUUACAAGUACAGCUAGCUGAUGGUGCGCGCUCCUUGAUUCUACAUCCUGUCCUCAUGAUCAGAAAGACAGGGGCUCCAACUUCAACGCUGUCUACACUGCCGACGUUAUUGUGGUUUCCGAGCGGUCUCUCAGGGGCGGGGCCUGAACCCGAGAGAAAUCCGUCUGUUCAACUUCAGCCAUAAAGCCUUGUGAAGACACUGGGCUUAGGAGAGAUCAGAACGAGGGUCGGCGCGAGACAAAGUAAAAAAAAAAAAAGGAAAGAAGGAAACCCCCAUCGGGCGUAUUUAUCAUAUAUGGUAGGUCUGAUAGAUCGGUGAUCGACUUGGUACCUCCUCGUAAGGAGUGGGCGAGAAAGUGCUUUACAUAUGUCUGCGCCGUCCAUCCACCUCUCUCAGUUUCCUGCCUAGGUAGGUAGGUACCUGGGUUGCCGCAUUUUGUGCGAAUAUGGAGAAAAAGUACGCCAUUAUACGAACCUACUGGGGCUAGGGUGGCUGAUAGGUAUGAACUGGGGACUUUUUCGCCUCUUUUGCAAUUAAAUCACUACAACGUUGUACACUGGCACUGAUAAGUGCUGAACAAUGAAAUCUCCAUCAAAGUUGGGCAUUGCUCAGUUGUUAUUCGAAAGACUAACUGUGCUGACCUAUACAAGUGGCUUUUGUUUUCUUUCGAGAGGAUUGAACAGAGAUACUGACAUGGCUCGAAAACAGAGACCAGUCAAAUCUUGUUCUGGCGCGCAGACACGCAGGUAUCAAUCGAAGUUUCUCAGAUAUGGAGGUUGCUGGCAUUGGCAUUGGCAAUGAAUGAAUCAGU